AUGUCGACCGCACCAAGAUCAAGGUGGGCAGAGGACGAUGCCGAAACGGAAGCCCUUAUUGAACAGAAAAGACGAGAAAAGGAGGAGCGGAAACGUAUAAAGGCGGAGAAGCAGCGGCGCCAGCAACAGGAGGCACAGGAACUAGUUGCGCAAACACAUGCGGACCAGGGGCCAAAUAACUCUUUACAAGCUCAAGAGAAGGGUGCGAAUGGCGAUGCAGGGAGGCCAUCCAAGAGGCGGAGGUUGUCGAAUGAACCAGAAUCACGGCCCGACCUUCCUGUUGAUCAGAAGCCCAUUCCCCUGCUCCGAUUUCCGGCCCCGGAAUGGGGACCGUGUAGACAUGUGGACAAUUUCGAACGGCUAAAUCGCAUCGAAGAAGGCUCUUAUGGCCUGGUAUCGAGAGCGAAAGAACUUGCAACUGGCGACAUUGUUGCACUUAAGCGAUUGAAGAUGGAAAAUUGCCACGACGGCUUUCCAAUUACCGGGCUGCGAGAGAUUCAAAUCCUACUGGAAUCCAGACAUACAAACAUUGUCCAUCUACGGGAAGUCGUGAUGGGCAAUGGCAUGGACGACGUCUACCUUGUCAUGGAUUUCGUCGAACAUGAUCUCAAAACACUCCUCGACCAUAUGCACGAACCGUUUCUCCAAUCAGAGACGAAAACGUUACUUCUACAGAUCAUCUCCGCGACGGAGUACUUACACUCGCAUUGGAUCAUGCACCGCGAUCUAAAGACGUCAAAUUUACUGAUGAACAACCGGGGAGAAAUUAAAGUUGCGGACUUUGGAAUGGCAAGAUAUUAUGGCGAUCCGCCACCGAAGUUGACCCAGCUUGUGACCACUUUAUGGUAUCGGUCUCCGGAACUUCUACUUGGAGCGGAAACAUAUGGGCCGGAGAUUGACAUGUGGAGUAUCGGAUGUAUAUUUGCUGAGCUCGUGACGAAGAAGCCGUUAUUUCAAGGGGAGAAUGAAGUCAGUCAAUUAAGCGAGAUCUUUGCCAGCACGGGACCCCCAACCACCCAAAGCUGGCCCUCCUUCCGCUCCCUCCCCAACGCCAAAUUCGUUGGUUUUCCAGCCAACAGCGCGGCACAAAACUCAGACGGCGGUAUCCCUCUCCUCUGGCGCAAGAAAUUCCCCUACCUUACCACCGCCGGCCUCACCCUUCUCUCCCACCUUCUUGCGCUAAACCCAGCCUCCCGCCCGGACGCCGCAACGUGUCUCUCACACCCGUACUUCCGCGAAGAUCCCAAGCCAAAGGCGAAAGAGAUGUUCCCGACGUUCCCGUCGAAAGCGGGCAUGGAACGCAGGCGGAGGCGGGAAACGCCGGAGGCGCCGAAAAGGGGAGAUGUGGCGCCUCGGUUGGAUUUUGCGAAGGUCUUUGGAGGUGUCGCUGGAGGUGUUGGCGAUGGGGACGGGGUUGAGGCAGGGGCGGGUUUCACGUUGCGGUUGGGAUGA